AUGUUUCUAUCCAAGCCUAGCCUUGAUUAUCUUGAUAGAAGAGCAAUUGGCAUAGAUGAUAAUCUGAGUAAAUUGCAGAGAAAGCAGUAUCAUAAUCAAAAUGAUGAGCUUGAAAACCAUGCCUCAAACAAACUUAGAUAUCUAAUCCAUGCUUAUGGAAGUGACGAUAGGGAUGUUGUUACACCUUCAAGAGAGCUUCUUGACACAAAUGUUUUGAUCCAAAGGCCUUCUUCUAUGCCAUGGCAGAAUACUGAACAUGCAGUUCCUUUUCUUGGUUUUGAUCAUGAGACAAAUCAUAAGCUGCUCUCUCUUUCUCAACCCAUCAAUUCCGGAGGAAGAGCAUCGGUGGGGUUAAGGCCUCCGGUACAGGUUAUACGUGGUUUGCACCCAUCACCGCCCUUGAAUUCGAUUAUGCAGCCUAUGCAAAACCAGCAAGAACACCAGAGGCAGACUCCUUCGCAACUGCAACAGCUUGCAAGCGCAUUCUCUGGUUUGCUUAAUUCUCUACUGGCUCAAGGCGUGAUCUCACUGACAAAACCCAAUUCUGUUCAGGAAUCUCAGCCACUCAAGUUUGACUCGGAUCUUCUUAAGGCGCGUAAUGAGUCUGCAGUCAAAGCUCUUUAUGGUGAUCUCCCAAGACAAUGCAGAACCUGUGGCCGACGAUUCAAGAGCCAAGAGCUCUGUAGCCACAUGGACUGGCAAAAGACUAAAAACCAUAUGUCGAAGAACAGGAAACUAGACAAGCUGUCUCGUGAGUGGUUUGUAAGUGCACGUUUGUGGCUUAUUCGCACAACUGAUGCAGUUCCUGUGUUUUUACAUUCUGAGAUUAUUGUGGAAAAGAAAAGUGAUGAAGAAUGUGCGGUUACUGCUCAUGGGGAUCGGAAUGUAUGCGCUCUGUGUGGAGAUUCUUUUGAGGAGUUUUAUAGAGAAGAGGCAGAAGAAAGGAUGUACAAAAGUGCAGUGUAUUUGAAUGCACCGAAUAGUUCACAGUUAGGCCCUAUUGUGCAUGCUAAGUGCAGGUCUGGCUCUAGUAUUGUUCCCCAAGCAGGUUUUGGACAAGAUGAAGAGGGACCUACUGUAGAGGGUAGUCGAAGAAAGCGACUGCGGAUUUAAUAUGGUUAGUUCAACUUCCCGC